GGGGAGUGUGAGGAAAGCGGCGGGGCUUCUUGAGGGGGCCCCGCGUGAGAGGGGGGGGAGGGGGGGCUGCUGAGGCGGUCCUGGCCGAGGGGGCGAUGGGCGGCGUGCGCUGGGCCUUCCCCUGCGCCUCCUGGCGUCCCCGCCGCGAGGAGUGGCUGCUGGCGGCGCGGCUGGUGCAGCCUGAGGAGAAGGAGCGCAUCGGGCGCUUGGUGUUCGCCCGCGAUGCCAAGGCUGCCUUGGCUGGUCGCCUGCUGAUGCGGAAAUUAAUUGCGGAAAAGCUGUGCAUACCUUGGAAUGAAAUACACUUGCAAAGGACAUCAAAAGGGAAACCUUUCCUGGCAAAUACCAUACUCGAUGUCUGUUCGAAUUACAACUUCAAUGUCUCUCAUCAAGGGGAUUAUGCAGUUCUUGCAGCUGAGCCUGAGCUCCAAGUUGGCAUUGAUGUUAUGAAGACUAGUUUACCAGGUAGCAGCUCAAUUCCAAAUUUCUUUCACAUCAUGAAGCGACAGUUUACUGAGACAGAGUGGGGUGUAAUCAAGUCUAUGAAAAAUGAAUGGAUGCAGCUAGAUAUGUUUCAUCGGCACUGGGCCCUAAAAGAAAGCUUUUUAAAGGCUAUUGGAGUUGGAAUUGGCUUUAACUUACAAAGAAUUGAAUUUAAUGUGUCUCCAUUGCAACUGGAAAUAGGGAAGGUGUAUAAGGAGACACAAAUGUUGCUGGAUGGAGAUAAAGAAGAAGAGUGGACUUUUGAGGAAACCCGGUUAGAUGACUAUCAUCAUGUAGCAGUGGCUCUUGGGAAGCAGGAGGGAUUUGGACAGCAACAUUCUGAUGUGUGUUCCACAGAACCUAAUCAACCACAGUUUACACUAUUGACUUUCGAAGAUUUAGUCACGUCUGGUAUUCCAAUCGCACCUGAGGAUUCUGCAUGUUGGGAUAACUUUUGUUCUAAGCAGGAGAGUCCAGUGAAACAGAGUUCACAUUCAAGAUAAGAAUGCUUACAAGCAGCGGUAAGGGGGA